AUGGCGACGAUGACGGUGCUGGGCCUCGCUGCCGCUGCCGGCCUGCUCUCCCACUGGCAGCUCUUCCUGCGCGGCGAGUGGGAGAGACAUGCUCCUCUGGUUGCUGCUUUCUACUCCCUCGCGGCCGCUGGCUUGCUUGCUGGACUCUUGUUCGUCCAGCGUCUGCCCGUCUUCGACUCGGUGGUGACGCUGGCUGCUCUCGCUGCGGCCUACUCGCUCUCUCUCUUCGCCAGUAUAUGCAUCUACCGGCUCUGUUUCCAUGCACUCAAGCAGUUCCCUGGGCCCGUCGCCGCCAAACUGUCCGGCUUCUGGUCUGUAGCCAGCUCCCUGCCUCAAUUCAAGUUCCACGAAGCCGUUCAGGGUCUUCAUGCCGAACACGUCAACAACGCAUCUGCCGUGCGUGAUAUCCAUGGCUACGGCUCAGUCUGUCUCAAGGGACCCUUCUAUGAUCUCAAUUACCCGUCCAGGUCUCUUCAGAUGACGCGAGACAAGGCAUUUCACUCGAGCAGACGGCGUACCUGGGACCGAGGCUUCAGUCCAAAAGCGUUGAGCGAGUAUGAGCCCCGUGUGUUCCAGCACUGCUUGGAGCUGGUCAAGCAGCUCUCUAGGCUGUCUGGCACUCCGGUCGACAUCGGUAAAUGGUUCAAGUACUUUGGCUUCGAUGUCAUGGGCGACCUCAGCUUUGGACGCUCCUUUGACAUGCUCAGGACGAGCAAUCCACACUUCCUCUUUGGCAUGAUGGAAGCCGGCAAACCGGUUGUCGGCACCCUCAUCAGUGUCCCCUGGCUGUUUAUUCUCUUCCAGAAACUACCUGGCAUCAGCCGUCUGGGGACGACACGGCCCGACUUGUUUUCCUAUAUACUGGGAAGCGACCUCAGCGAGGCGAUUUCUGACGGAGACCUGACUUAUGACGCCGAACUGGCCAUCGUGGCAGGGAGUGAGACCACCGCACUCAACCUGACCACGGUACUCUACUUGCUCGCGCUGAAUCCAGACCAGAAGAAGGCAUUGCAGGCAGAGAUUGACCUGCUCGUGCCUACAAUCGACCAGCUCUCGCACCAAAAGCUGGCCGGCAGCCCCCUCCUCGAGGGUUGCAUCAACGAAGGCCUGCGCCUAUACCCUCCCGUCCCCAGCGGAGUGCAACGCCUGACCCCUCCGCAGGGAGCAAUGAUUGCUGAUAGAUGGAUUCCUGGAGAUACGAUCGUCUCAACUCCCACAUUCUCCCUCCAUCGCGAUAGCAGAUACUUCGUCAAGCCCGAUCAAUUCAUCCCCGAACGAUGGUCAUCCAAGCCUGACCUUAUCAUCCGGAAAGAUGCCUUCAGCCCCUUUUUGGCCGGCAGAUACUCCUGCGCUGGUCGCCCGCUGGCCAUGAUGGAGAUGCGCAUGUUGCUUGCCAUGGUCGUCCGUCUGUUCGACUUCAACUUCCCCAAAGAAAGCCGUGUCGGCGCCGAGAAACUCUACGACGGUAAGGGCGGAUUUAGAGACUACUUCACGGCUGAUGCGCCGACGGUUCCCCUGGUCUUUACCAAGCGUUCUCCCGACCUCGUAGCCAAUGGGGCUUGA